GGAAGGAUGGAUAUCCCCAGCCCUGCUUACAACCAGUACGUGGUUGCCAGACCUGUAUAUUCAGAACCUGUCUUCCAGGACAAUAAUGAGAAGAAAGAAAUUAUUCCUAAACCUUUGCAGGAACGGCUGAAAAAAAACUGCAGCUGCACCUCUAGACAGGCGUACCUAAAACUCAAGUCAUUAUUCCCAAUCUUAGAUUGGCUACCAAAAUACAGAUGGAAGGAAUGGUUUGUACAUGAUCUCAUCUCUGGAGUCAGUACAGGACUUAUUGGUACCUUGCAGGGAUUGGCAUUUGCACUACUUGCUUCAGUCCCUGUUGGAUAUGGACUCUAUUCGUCCUUCUUUCCUAUUCUGACAUACUUCUUUCUAGGGACAUCCAGACACAUUUCAGUUGGACCUUUUCCAGUGGUCAGCCUAAUGGUGGGAACAGUCGUUCUUUCUAUGGCACCAGAUGAGAAAUUUACUAUGUUAAGCAACUCUACAGGGCUUAACAAAACAAUUAUAGACACUGUGGCUAGAGACGCAGCAAGAAUUGCUGUUUCUGGGACGCUAUCCUUCCUAAUUGGAAUUUUACAGCUUGCAAUGGGUAUUCUGCAGAUUGGUUUCAUUGUCAGAUACCUGGCUGAUCCACUAGUGGGCGGUUUUACCACUGCUGCGGCUUUCCAAGUGUUUGUUUCACAAUUCAAACUAAUUCUUAAUGUCCCAACGAAGAACUACAAUGGAGUACUUUCUAUAAUAUAUACAAUCAUCGAAAUCUUUGCCAACAUUGGAAAAACCAAUAUUGCUGACCUGAUUGCCGGAUUGCUAACUUUAGUUGUAUGUGUGGUGGUGAAAGAAAUAAAUGAUCGAUACAAACACAUACUUCGUGUGCCAAUUCCUAUAGAAAUUUUGGUGACAAUAGUAGCUACAGGUAUUUCCUAUGGCGCUAACCUGGCAGGAAAAUACAAUGCAGGAAUUGUGAAAACUAUCCCCAGUGGUUUCAUCCCACCUAUGACACCAGAUGUAAGCAUGUUUACCGAGAUGAUUGGUUCAGCCUUCUCCAUUGGAAUAGUAGGAUAUGCUGUUGCUGUGUCAGUAGGAAAAGUCUAUGCCACAAAGCAUAACUAUGUGAUUGAUGGAAAUCAGGAGUUUAUUGCAUUUGGAAUCAGCAACUUAUUCGGUGGAGCUUUCUCUUGUUUCUGUGCCACCACUGCCCUGUCCCGUACUGCUGUCCAGGAAAGUACUGGAGGGAAAACUCAGAUUGCGGGUAUUAUUUCGGCUUUUAUUGUGCUGAUUGCUAUUGUGGCACUUGGCCGACUCCUUGAACCCCUGCAAAAGUCAGUACUAGCAGCCAUUGUUAUAGCAAAUCUGAAGGGAAUGUUCUGGCAAGUAGGAGAUGUCCCUCGUUUGUGGAGACAGAACAAGUGGGACUCGGUUAUUUGGGUUUUCACGUGUAUUGCAUCCAUUCUUCUGGGACUGGAUUUAGGUUUGCUGGCUGGCCUAGUGUUUGGAUUACUGACUGUAGUUUUACGUGUUCAGUUCCCUUCAUGUGGUUCUCUUGGAAAUGUCCCUGGCACAGAUAUCUACAAGGAAGUCAAGAAAUACAAAAAUUUGACUGAAGUAGAUGGAGUAAAAAUAGUUCGAUUCACAAGUGGCAUUUUCUAUGGCAAUGUAGAUGGACUGAAAAGUGGCAUAAAAUCCAUUGUUGGAUUUGAUGCCAUCAGAGUUUUCAACAAAAGGAAUAAAGCACUGCAGAAAAUACGCAAACUUAUUAAGAAAGGGCAACUAAGGACAACUAAGAACGGUGUUUUCACUGAUGCAGGUACUGAUAAUGAAGCUUAUGAGCCCGAUGAUGACCCAGAGGACCCUGAGGAAGCAGAGAAUCCAGAAGUGCAAACCACAGAAGUGGAAAUCAAAGUAGACUGGAAUUCAGACUUGCCUGUAAAAGUUUCGGUGCCAAAAGUCUCUAUCCAUAGCCUUAUCUUUGAUUUUGGACAAAUAUCUUUUCUUGAUGUGGUAGCAGUUAGAUCCCUGAAAGUGAUAUAUAAAGAAUUCAAGAGGAUUGAUGUAGAAGUCUACAUAGCAGCAUGUGAUGAUCAAGUUUAUAAAAAAAUGGAAGAGUGUCUAUUUUUUGAUGAUACAAUCAAACCAGACAUCUUUUUUGUGACUGUUCAUGAUGCUGUACUAUACAUAGAGAACAAGAAAAAGUUCAGCGAUGGUCAUGAUCCGCUACUGGAAAAGAUUUCACUAAUGCAAGACUCUAAAGACCCACCUGAAUAUGCAGAUGUGGAACCCAUGGAGAAUGAGUUAGAUGCUCAAGAAGAAGCUCUCCGAAGACUUGCUUCAUGAAGAAUUGCGCCAGAAUUGUCUAGCUUUUGGUUAGGCAGAAUUUGCCUUCACAUAAUUUCUACAACAACAUGUAAACAUUUCCUUUUUAAUUAACCACUUGCCAGUUUACAUUCUAACCAUUUCUAUCAAUAUUUACUAUACAUGCUGCCUGUGAAGGAAUUUGCCAUAUUCUUAGUGCAUACAGAUAAAUCAUUGCCUUAGAAAAAAGAACAUUGGCAUGCCGCAAACCAUACCUAAAAAUAAGAUUUUCAACAUACAAAUAAAAAUGGCUUCUAAAUAGGAAAACGUGCAAUUUAUUAAAUACAGCAUAUAGGGUUUUUUAAAAUUUAUUUUUAAUUUACAUACUCCACACACAACAUGGCAAUAAGAAAAGGCGAUAAAGUGCAUAGAAAAAGAAAAUGGAGCUAUGGGGAUAUCGCUAGGCAUUCAGGUUUAUUUUAUUAAAGACAAUUGAAUGUAAAUUCUCGACAAAGCAGUUAUGACAAAAAAAUAGCAAGUUAAAAAGGACUGCAGAAUAUAAGACAAAAAAAGAGAGAAGUUAUGAGUUUAUUAAUAGAUUGCAAACGUGGCAACAUAAAAGGUAGGCAAUAGUUUAAAAAAAAAUUCUGUUGGUGAUUGCUCCCCUUUCAGAUGUUUGCCAUAGGUUUUCACAUGAUAUUUUAAUCCAAAUUGCCUCCUCCUGGUUUUAUCGUAACAAAAAUAAAAUAAGGCCUAUGGGAGACUUGAGCAGAUCUGGGCAAUGGUAUUACAUGCAAUCCUACUUGUAGCUAAUCAUGACAUAUUACCUUUAUGGGCUUAUACUACACAGCAGUGCCUUAUUUCAUAACAAACAAGAACUGAAGUUUAACCCCUUAAGGACUGAUGAUAUGCUGGCAUGUCAUGACAUGAAAGGAUUUGACUACCCUAGUCCUUGGGUGGGGGAGAGAUGUUGUUUUAAGUCUCCUCUAGUUAUGGGCCAGUUUCCAGGUGUUUCAAUCUACAGCAGUUUUCCUACAUAAAUACCAGACAGACAUCAUUGUAAUUAUUCUCUUAUUUGCUGGAACAGAAAAAAAAAAAUCCAGGCACAAUAAUAUGUUGUAUGAACCGAAUAUCUAAACUGCAUAACUAAAUACAAAUACUUUUUAAGAUCCUAAAAUUGUAAGUACCUACACAAAUGCACCAUUUAAUAUAGCGUUCUGUCCACUAAAAAAAUAUUUAUAUACAUAUAUUUUAGGUGCUUCUUUAUAAUGAAUUAUUUAUUUUCUGAAGAUUAAAUCAUCCGUCUAUAAGUCUUAUGAUGCAUUUUAUCUAUGAAACUUAUGACUGUGAAGAAUAAUUUUAAGAACCUUUUACUAUCUCUUUGGUGUAUUGAUAACCAAAAUGUAUCUUGUAAAUUUUAAUCGAUGUUAAACCUCUAUGUAUGCUGGAUUAUUACUGAGAAAAAGUA